GAGAGCAUCUUCAACACACUGCGCCCUAUAAGCGAGUAGAAAUGGCUAUCAUGAAAUGGAUAUAAAGUUACAGUUUCAUAAAAGGCAAACUUUCCGUUUUGACGUUUGCGGUCAGCUGUGAUAUGGAAGGAGCUUUACUUGUGUUCUUGAGGAUCACUUUGCUUGGCUGCCUAACAUUAACCAAGAACUCUGUGGCAGGAGACAAAUGGACUCAUGCACAUGCCGAAGACCUCCUCUUCAAAAAGCUCUUUCAGGGAUAUAACAAGUGGUCCCGGCCAGUGCGCAACAUCACAGAUGUCGUCAUUGUCAAAUUUGGACUCUCCAUUGCUCAGUUGAUUGAUGUGGAUGAGAAGAACCAGAUGAUGACCACCAAUGUGUGGCUGAAGCAGGAGUGGAAUGACUAUAAGCUGCGAUGGAAGCCCUCUGAUUAUGACAAUGUCACAUCCAUCAGGGUCCCCUCAGAGCUCAUCUGGGUUCCAGAUAUCGUCCUGUAUAACAAUGCAGACGGUGAGUUUGCAGUGACCCACAUGACCAAAGCCCACCUGUUCUACACGGGCCAGGUGCGCUGGGUGCCCCCGGCCAUCUACAAGAGCUCCUGCAGCAUCGACGUCACCUUCUUCCCCUUCGACCAGCAGAGCUGCAAGAUGAAGUUCGGCUCCUGGACCUACGACAAGGCCAAGAUCGACCUGGAGCGCAUCGAGAACACGGUGGACCUGAAGGACUACUGGGAGAGCGGCGAGUGGGCCAUCGUGGACGCCGUGGGCACGUACAACACCAAGAAGUACGACUGUUGCCACGAGAUCUACGUGGACAUCACGUACUACUUCAUCAUCCGCCGGCUGCCGCUGUUCUACACCAUCAACCUGAUCAUCCCGUGCCUGCUCAUCUCCUGCCUGACCGUGCUGGUGUUCUACCUGCCGUCCGACUGCGGCGAGAAGAUCACGCUGUGCAUCUCCGUGCUGCUCUCGCUGACCGUCUUCCUGCUGCUCAUCACCGAGAUCAUCCCGUCCACGUCGCUGGUGAUCCCGCUCAUCGGCGAGUACCUGCUCUUCACCAUGAUCUUCGUCACGCUCUCCAUCGUCAUCACCGUGUUCGUGCUCAACGUGCACCACCGCUCGCCCAGCACACACGAGAUGCCCCGCUGGGUGCACGCCGUCUUCCUGGAGCUCAUCCCGCGCUGGCUCUUCAUGCGCCGGCCGGCGCCCAACGCCAAGCGCCGCCGCCUGCUGCGGCUGCAGACCAAAAGGCCAGUCCACUGCUCCGGCGAAAACUCCCACGGCCACGGUCACGGCCACAACCACUCCCUGGGGUCCAGCCACGGCCCGAUGCACGCGUCUAGCCUCAGCACCUCCAAGAGCUGGCUGCACGAGGAGACGGACGUGGACCGGACGCCUGUGUGUGAGGAGGGCAGGGCAGGUCUGAGGCUGGGCACGUGGAGCGGGGUGCCCACCUCCUACUCGUUCCCCACGCUGCACCUGCCCGACGCUGACCCGCUGCACCUGCCCGACGCCUGUCUGUCUGAUCCGCUGGGCAGGAAGUCGGCCUCGCACCACCAGCUGGAGGGCCUGGCUCCGGGGCUGGACUCCAGGGGGAGCCUCCUCCUCUCGUCCCAGCGUCUGUCCGAGCUCGGGGCCCUGCAGGCGGACCCGGCCCUGCUGUUCUCCCCCAGUGUGCUCCACGCCCUGGAGGGGGUGCGCUACAUCGCAGAUCACCUGCGCGCCGAGGAUGCUGACUUUUGUGUGAAGGAGGACUGGAAGUAUGUGGCCAUGGUGAUUGACCGUAUCUUUCUGUGGAUGUUCAUCAUCGUGUGCCUGCUGGGGACAGUCGGCCUCUUCCUGCCACCUUGGCUCUCAGGAAUGAUCUAGGUCACAGCUCUGGGGCAUAGUGAUAACACACACACAAGUGUGCGCACACACACAAACACACACAUACACACACACACACACACACACACACACAUAUACACACACACUUGGCCUAAGAACCACUAAGGCCAUGGCAGGACUUAGGCUCACCUGUCAGAGACUGAUCCUAUCUGUACCUUGGAAGAGCAGGAAGGCAAAAUGUCCUUCACUGAGAUGGCCUUCCUACCUAUGUUCCUACGAAGUACCCAGAUGAACUGUGUGGUUAGAAUGAUCUUUUUAUUUAUUCAUUUUGAUUAUUUAUGCUUGUUUACCAGU